AGACGGUUGACCCAGGCCCUCCUCCUCACCCCCUUCCUUCCUCGCCCCCUCCCUCUUUCGCGCACGGGGGCUCGGCUCGCUAUAAAAGGCGGGAGCGCGGAGUGCCCCAGCAACGACGAGUUUCAGCACCAUGGAGAGCCCCCGCCUGCGGCUGCUGCCGCUCCUGGGCGCCGCCCUGCUGCUGCUGCUACCUCUGCUGGGCACCAGCGCCCAGGAGGACGCCGAGCUGCAGCCGCGAGCCCUGGACAUCUACUCCGCCGUGGAGGAUGCCUCCCACGAGAAGGAGCUGAUCGAAGCGCUGCAGGAAGUCUUGAAGAAGCUCAAGAGUAAACGUAUUCCGAUCUACGAGAAGAAGUACGGCCAAGUCCCCAUGUGCGACGCGGGGGAGCAGUGCGCGGUGCGCAAGGGCGCCAGGAUCGGGAAGCUGUGCGACUGUCCCCGAGGAACCUCCUGCAAUUCCUUCCUUCUCAAGUGCUUAUGAAGGGACCUUGGUUCUUCUCCACAAACCCCCAAUCCUCUUCCUUCCUCCUCCCUAGCCUGAGAGGACCACACGUUCACCCCUGGAAUUUGGCUUCAGCAACCAAGUCUGCAUUUCCCUCUGAGGGGAAGGGGCUCUUUUCCUGCUGUUUCAAAAAUAAAAGAACACGUUAGA